AUGGCCCCCUUGGCCUGGGCCAUCUGCUGCCUUCUGGGGGGCUCCCUGCUCUGUGGGGGCAUCCACAGGCCCGGCCCCAGUGUGCCCCGCUUGCAGCUCUCCUACCGAGACCUCCUGUCUUCCAACCGCUCUGCCAUCUUUCUGGGCCCCCGGGGCUCCCUGGACCUCCGGGCUAUGUACCUGGAUGAGUACCGAGACCGCCUCUUUUUGGGGGGCCGUGAUGUUCUCUACUCUCUGCGGCUGGACCAGGGAUGGCCAGACUCCCGGGAGGUCCUGUGGCCACCGCAGCCAGGACAGAAGGAGGAAUGUGUUCGCAAGGGAAGAGAUCUUUUGACGGAGUGUGCCAACUUCGUGCGGUUGCUGCAGCCCUACAACCGGACCCACCUGCUGGCCUGUGGCACUGGGGCCUUCCAGCCCACCUGCACCCUCAUUACAGUUGGGCACCGUGGGGAGCAUGUGCUCCACCUGGAGCCUUCCAGUAUGGAAAGUGGGCGGGGGCGGUGCCCACAUGAGCCCAGCCGUCCCUUUGCCAGCACCUCUGUAGACGGGGCGCUGUACACGGGCCUCACUGCUGACUUCCUGGGGCGCGAGCCCAUGAUCUUCCGAAGUGGGGGUUCCCGGCCAGCCCUGCGUUCUGACUCUGACCAGAGCCUCUUGAAUGACCCCCGGUUUGUGAUGGCCACCCGGAUCCCUGACAACUCCGACCAGGACAAUGACAAGGUGUACUUCUUCUUCUCGGAGACCGUCCCCUCACCUGAUGGCAGCCCCGGCCGUGUCACUGUCAGCCGCGUGGGCCGUGUCUGUGUGAAUGACGCCGGUGGCCAGCGCGUUCUGGUGAGCAAGUGGAGCUCCUUCCUCAAGGCCAGGCUGGUCUGCUCCGUGCCUGGCCCUGGUGGUGCCGAGACCCACUUUGACCACCUGGAGGACGUGUUCCUGCUGUGGCCCAAGGCCGGGAAAAGCCUCGAGGUGUACGCACUGUUCAGUGCUGUCAGUACCGUGUUCCAGGGUUUUGCUGUCUGUGUGUACCACAUGGCGGACAUCUGGAAGGUCUUCAAUGGGCCCUUUGCCCACAGAGAUGGUCCUCAGCACCAGUGGGGACCCUAUGGAGGCAAGGUGCCUUUUCCCCGCCCUGGCGUGUGCCCCAGCAAGAUGACCGCGCAGCCAGGACGUCCCUUUGGCAGCACCAAGGACUACCCGGAUGAGGUGCUACAGUUUGUCCGAGCCCACCCGCUCAUGUUCCGGCCUGUGCGGCCUCAGCGUGGCCGCCCUGUCCUUGUCAAGACACAGCUGGCCCAGCAGCUGCUCCAGAUUGUGGUAGACCGUGUGGAGGCAGAGGAUGGGACCUACGAUGUCAUCUUCCUGGGGACUGACUCAGGCUCUGUGCUCAAAGUCAUUGCCCUCCAGGCCGGAGACUCGGCUGAGCCCGAGGAGGUGGUUCUAGAGGAGCUCCAGGUGUUUAAGAUGCCAGCACCCAUCACUGAAAUGGAGAUCUCUGUCAAAAGGCAAAUGCUGUAUGUGGGCUCUCAGCUGGGUGUGGCUCAGCUGCGGCUGCACCAGUGUGAAACUUAUGGCAGUGCUUGUGCGGAGUGCUGCCUGGCCCGGGACCCAUACUGCGCCUGGGAUGGUGCCUCCUGUACCCGCUACCGCCCCAACCCCAGCAAGCGCCGGUUCCGCCGUCAGGACAUCCUUCAUGGCAACCCUGCCCUGCAGUGCCUGGACCAGAGCCAGGAAGAGGAGGCUGCGGGACUUGUGGCAGCUACUACGGUCUAUGGCAUGGAGCAUAACAGCACCUUCCUGGAGUGCCUGCCCAAAUCUCCCCAGGCUGCUGUGCACUGGUUCUUGCAGAGGCCAGGGGAUGAGAGGCCUGACCGGGUGAAGACAGAUGAGCGAGUCCUGCAAACGGAGCAGGGACUGCUGUUCCGCAGGCUCAGCCACCUCGAUGCGGGCACCUACACCUGCACAACGCUGGAGCACGGUUUCUCCCAGACUGUGGUCCGCCUGGCUCUGGAGGUGAUUGUGGCCUCGCAGCUGGAUAGCCUGUUCCCUCUGGAGCCAAGGCAAGAAGAGCCCCCAGUCCGGAGAGGCCUGGCCUCUGCCCCACCCAAGGCCUGGUACAAGGACAUCCUGCAGCUCAUUGGCUUCGCCAACCUGCCCCGGGUGGAUGAAUACUGUGAGCGCGUGUGGUGCAGGGGCAUUGGGGAGCACUCAGGCUCCUGGAGCCGGGGCAAGCAGGCUAAGGGCAAGGGCUGGGUGGGGAUGGAACUGGGCAAGAAGGUGAAGAGCCGGGUGCAGGCUGAGCGCAAUCGGACUCCCCGGGAGGUGGAGGCCACAUAGAAGAGGGCAGGGAAGGGGUGGUCAAGAUGGGCCGGGGGCCCAGCAGCAGCCCUCAGCAUCUCCCACCCACCCAGCUAGGGCAGAGGAGGCCAGGAUGUCUGGCUGCCUCUUAGAGA